CCCAGGCAAGCAGAAGAGCCGUGGUUCACACAGCGAGCAGCCUCCUACACAAAAUGAGUGAUCAAAUCAAUACAUUGAAAGAAUAUGAAAAAUUUAGACAAGACAUGCAUGAUGGGAUUUUGACAGAAAAUGGCUUUCAUAGCAAAGUCCGAUCUUUAUUAUUGGAUGUGACAAUUCCAUUGACAAAGAGUGAAUGCCAAGGUGAUUUCAUAAUUAGGUCUUUAUUUGAACAAGGAUACACCCAGAAGGAGAUGUUAAUGAUGCUUGACAGAAAAUUUGAUAUAAAAAUUUUAGAUCGACACUUAAGGCGAAUUUUGAAACGUUUAGGAUUAAGGCGAAGAUGUAAUGACCGCCCUUUUGAAGCAAUAUUUCAGGCGGUUCAGGGUGAGCUUCAAAACUGGUCUCCUUUUAAAGGUAUAAGAGCAAUGCACAAGCGCAUUAGAGAUGUUAGAGGAGUUCAACCCUGCUAUAGAAACGAUAUUCAUGAUGUAAUGAGGGAACUUGACAAGGAUGGACUGUUGAGACGUCGACCCGGACGCUGUAAAAUACCAAGAAGAGUAUAUUCAACCAAGGGUCCAAAUGAUAUUUGGCACAUAGAUGGUAAUGAUAAGUUACGUUUUUAUGGAAUAUGGAUACAUCUUGGUAUUGAUGGAUUUUCAAGACGUGUUAUUUGGCUUCAUGCAGCAACAUCAAAUCGUAAACCGGACUUCAUUGCACGUUAUUUUAUUGAUGCAGUGGUCAGGGAACAUGGUUGUCCGCGUGUAGUGAGAGCAGACAGAGGAAAAGAGAAUGUCUCAGUCGCUGAAGUACAGACUUCUUUCAGAUAUCGUCAUAAUGACAUUUUAUCUGGCACUAAAAGUUUCAGAUAUGGCAAGUCUGUACAUAAUCAACGUGCAGAGUGUUUUAACGGACAUCUAAAAAAAUCAUGGAUUUGCAUGUGGCAGAAUCAUUUUGAGGCAAUGUUGGAGGCUCAGAUUUUGGAUCUUUCAAAUCCCAUUCAUAUACAUUGUAUCCAGUUUUGUUUUCUACUAAUUAUUAACAACGAGCUUGAGCGUGAGCGCAUCGAAUGGAAUAACCAUAAAAUAAGGAGACAAGGACAUACUGAUGGCCACUAUGGAAAACCAGAUUUACUCUUUAAUGCUCCACCUCAAGGGACUGUAAAUCAACUACUUGAAGUCGAUCAAGACCUUCUACAGUAUGCUGAGACAUUAGCAUGCAAGAAAGGUGUUCCAAUGCAGGUUGCCAACAAAUAAUUUCGAAGACACUGCUCAACUCUUCUAAAACAGGC